AUGGCUGCUGUGAACUACUCGCUGUCAGAAGACCAGUUUGUUUGCUCCAUCUGCCUGAGUGUCUUCGUGGACCCAGUCAGCACUCCAUGUGGACACAACUUCUGUAAGAGCUGCAUUUGCAGUUACUGGGAUGAAAGUAGUCACUGCACAUGCCCACUUUGUAAAGAGGACUUCAACACAAGACCACAAUUAAAAAUUAACACUUUGCUUUCCCACAUGGCUUCUCAUUCCCUGAAGAAACCUCCAAAACAAGAAGAGAGUUGUGAAGUUCCAGAAGAACCAACUCCAGACCAACAGGUUCGCUGUGAUAUUUGUUCUGAACCAAAGCUAAAAGCAGUAAAAUCUUGCCUGGUGUGUUUGGUGUCAUUCUGUGAUACUCACCUGGAGCCUCAUGGGACAGUGUCAGCACUGAGACAUCAUCGGCUGGUGGAGCCCGUAUCUAACCUGGAGAGCAGGAUGUGUGCAGAACAUCACAAACCUCUGGAGCUUUUUUGUAAGACCGACAACAUCUGUGUCUGCACCUACUGUUCUUUUUCAGACCACAAAAGUCACAAUAUUGUUCCACUGGGUGAAGAGUGCGAAGAGAGAAAAGCGGAGGUGAUGAAGAUGUUGAGUGUAAGAAAGAAGAAAAUUGAACAAAUACAAACUUCUUUGGAGCUCAGUCAGAAAGCAGCUAACAAAGUGACCACAGAGGGACUGGAGGUGUUCACAGCUCUGGAACAGGCCGUACAGAAGAACUUGGAUAAUCUCAUAAAGGAGAUUCAAGGAAAACUUGAGAAAACAACAAAGCAAAACAAAGACCUGAUCGCUGAAUUAGAAAAUCAAAUAUCUGAGCUGGACCACAGAAGCACUGAGAUGGAGAAACCAGCAAACUCGGAGGACUACCUUCAGUUUCUGAAAACAUUUACACCAUUUAAAUCGGAUCCAAACAUAAAGAACUGCUCCAUGCUCAGCAUCUGCCAGCCCUCGUUUAAAGGACCAGUUGUUAGAUCUUUGUUAGAUCUGGAGAAAACGUUCACUGAGGUCUUAAACAGAAUCUAUCAGGCCGAUCUAAAAGCUAAACAAAAAUGUGAAGUUGAUCCCAAGCUAUCUAUGAAAUUUGGCAACAAAAAAUGCUCUUACAUGUGGGGAAGGGAAAAUGUUCCUAUCGAUCCUGAAACAUUUUCUGUUUUUCCUUUUGUUAUGGGGCAGCAGAGUUUUUCCUCUGGAAGUUUUUACUUUGAAGUUCAGGUCACACGAAAAACUCAGUGGGCUUUAGGAGUGGCCAGAGAGUCCAUAAACAGAAAAGAUGAAAUAACAUUAAGCCCUUCAUUUGGUGUUUGGGUUAUUUUGUUACAGCAUAGUGAGCUUUUAGCUUUGGCUACCCCACGUGUCAAUCUUUCCCUCAGGUGUGCCCCUCGAAAGGUUGGUGUAGAUUAUGAGGAAGGAGUUGUCUCUUUCCAUGAUGUAGAUGCUGCAGCUCCCAUCUACUUCUUCACUGGCUGCUGUUUUAAUGACAAACUUCGGCCCUUUUUUGUCCAAGGAGCAUAG